GCCCAGAAGAUCCACACGGGGGAGCGGCCCUACAAGUGCGGGGAGUGCGGGCGGGCCUUCAGCCGGGGCUCCACCUUCCUGCAGCACCAGCGCACCCACACCGGCGAGCGGCCCUACAAGUGCCCGGACUGCGGGAAGCGCUUCGGCGACCGCUCCCAGUUCAAGACCCACCAGCGGAUCCACACGGGAGAGAAACCUUAUAAAUGCCUCGACUGUGGGAAAGGCUUCAACCAGGGUUCAAACCUUAUUAGGCAUCAGAGAACCCACACCGGUGAACAACCCUAUAAGUGCCUGGAAUGUGGGAAAAGCUUCAUUCAGAGCUCGGAUCUUAUCAGGCACGAGAGGACCCACACCGGAGAUAAACCCUAUAAAUGCCUGGACUGUGGGAAAAGCUUUGUUUUGAGCUCGGAUCUUAUUUCCCAUCAGAGCAGCCACACAGGAGAGAAACCCUACAAGUGCCUGGACUGUGGGAAAAGUUUCAAUCAAAGCUCCUACCUUAUUUCCCAUCAGAGAACGCACACGGGUGAGAAACCCUAUAAAUGCCUGGAGUGUGGGAAAACAUUCAGCUGGAACUCAAAUCUGAUUUCACAUCAAAGGACUCACACAGGAGAGAGACCUUAUAAAUGUCUGGACUGUGGGAAACGAUUUCUUGACAACACCGCCCUUAUUAAACAUCAGCGAAUGCACACAGGAGAGAGACCUUAUAAAUGUCUGGACUGUGGGAAACGAUUUCUUGACAACACCGCCCUUAUUAAACAUCAGCGAAUGCACACAGGAGAGAGACCUUAUAAAUGUCUGGACUGUGGGAAACGAUUUCUUGACAACACCGCCCUUAUUAAACAUCAGCGAAUGCACACAGGAGAGAGACCUUAUAAAUGUCUGGACUGUGGGAAACGAUUUCUUGACAACACCGCCCUUAUUAAACAUCAGCGAAUGCACACAGGAGAGAGACCUUAUAAAUGUCUGGACUGUGGGAAACGAUUUCUUGACAACACCGCCCUUAUUAAACAUCAGCGAAUGCACACAGGAGAGAGACCUUAUAAAUGUCUGGACUGUGGGAAACGAUUUCUUGACAACACCGCCCUUAUUAAACAUCAGCGAAUGCACACAGGAGAGAGACCUUAUAAAUGUCUGGACUGUGGGAAACGAUUUCUUGACAACACCGCCCUUAUUAAACAUCAGCGAAUGCACACAGGAGAGAGACCUUAUAAAUGUCUGGACUGUGGGAAACGAUUUCUUGACAACACCGCCCUUAUUAAACAUCAGCGAAUGCACACAGGAGAGAGACCUUAUAAAUGUCUGGACUGUGGGAAACGAUUUCUUGACAACACCGCCCUUAUUAAACAUCAGCGAAUGCACACAGGAGAGAGACCUUAUAAAUGUCUGGACUGUGGGAAACGAUUUCUUGACAACACCGCCCUUAUUAAACAUCAGCGAAUGCACACAGGAGAGAGACCUUAUAAAUGUCUGGACUGUGGGAAACGAUUUCUUGACAACACCGCCCUUAUUAAACAUCAGGCGCCGGAGCUUUCUGCGGCGCUCGAGGUGGUUCCAGACUCCCCUACGCUAGAGGUGGUGCCGGGGCUCUCUGCCAGGCUCAGGGUAGUGGCCGAGGAGGGGGCGACAGUGGUGCUAGGCAUGGGGGUAUGA